AUGGAGCUAUCUGUUUCCUCUCCAAAGCAAAGCGUGUUAUCUCCACCCGACUGUAUGAGUGACCCUGAGGAGCAUGAGAUCAGCGAGGAGGAGGACGACGACCGCAACCAUAAGCACCGGAGGAAAGAAGAGACGAGGUCUCAGUCGUUGGAACGAGAUUCUUCAGAUCAGGCUUUCUCACGGCCGUACAGGAAAAACUAUAGACAUUUUGAAAAUGGCAAUACGUUUAACGAACAUGAAAAGCGGUCGUCAGGGCAGCAACGUGUACAGUAUGAUAAUCAAAGAGGAAGGUCGAACCAAAUGUUUUCAAGGGACUCUGGUCCUGGUAGAGGUAGAGGAAAUUAUGGUUCUUGGGGGCAGCGUGAUUCCAGGUUUAAUCCUGUUGAUCUCUCAUCUCAUAUGCUUCAAGUCGGAUCUAUGGCUCCGGGGAUGUUUGGAGGAAGGGGACUACCUGGUGUUUCAGCUGCUCAGAGUGCACCAUGGCCUGGCUUUGGAAUGCUUCCUGGUGUUCCAAAUGGUGGCUUGGAUGGUUUCCAUCACUUACAAGGGUCCCUUAGACCGCCCUUGAAUGCUCCACUCAACAUGGGCAUUCCUCGGCAGCGAUGCAGAGACUUUGAGGAACGUGGUUUCUGCCUCAGAGGGGACAUGUGUCCCAUGGAGCAUGGAAUUAACCGCAUUGUUGUUGACGAUGUUCAGAGUCUAUCACAGUUCAACCUUCCCGUUACAGUCCCUGGUGCACCUCAUAUGGCACCUUCUUCUAAACCGAUACCUGCACAGUUUGGUAAUUUCAUGAAUACUAAAGGAGCUCAUGGGAAGACUAACGAGGCUGGAAUGGGUGUAGAUGGUUCGGGUUAUGGUGAUGCAUAUCCUGUUGCUGGCGGAACUGAUUUUUACGACCCUGAUCAACCUUUGUGGAAUAACAGUGCUGGUGAAACUUCAGGUGCUUUAUCUGCACUAAAUUCUCAUGGGAUUGAUGAGAACGUAGCUCCACUGGAUGACAGUAACCAAGAUGAAAAUGCCUGUGGUGUUCGAGACUCAAGAAGCACAAGUCAGUCAGUUUGGGGUAGGAUGCGUGGUUCUAGUCAAGCAAAUUUCAGAGAGAAAGCUGAUGCAGUAGUAAAUUCAUCAGCUGGUCUUGAAGAUCAAUUGAAGGAGGUCUCAGUUAACUCAUCCCGCCACGGUAAACAAAACCAUGUUGGUGAAAGUGUCCCAAAAGUUGUUGAUUCAUCAAAUAUUCCAAAUGAUGCGAUGAAUAAUACAAGAAAACCAACGCAAAAGGCAAUGCGAACUCUUUUUGUGAAUUAUGUUCCCCACGAGAGCAACAGAAAGGACCUCAUUCUUGCCCAUUUUCAGAAAUUCGGGAAAGUUAUUGACAUUCACAUUCCAUUGAAUAGUGAGCGAGCAUUUGUGCAGUUCUCCAAACGUGAAGAGGCUGAAUCUGCUCUCAGGGCACCUGAUGCUGUAAUGGGUAACCGCUUUAUCAAACUUUGGUGGGCAAAUAGAGAUAGCAUACCUGAUAAUGGCUUGUCCACUGGCAAUGGUGCUCCUAUGAAGGGUCGUGUUAUGACUGCUUCUGGAGGGCAGAACCAACUUCCUAUUGCUGCAGCAUCGAAAAGCAACCAUGUAUCUUCCAUUGCAAAGGGUCCUGCCUUCCACACUGGUGGAGCUCCAUCCUCCUCUGAACUCCCUAAGCCUGUGGUGGCCAGUAGUGGUCCCAAGGUUACGCCGCUUCAGCAGAAAAAGACGGACACUCUUGAGCGGUUGAAGGAGACACUUCGGAAAAAGCAGGAAAUGCUGGAGCAGAAACGUAACGAGUUCCGCAAGAAAUUGGCGACACUUCAAAAACAAGGUACGGUUGUCAAGGGCGAGGAAGCAGAUGAGCCAGAUGCUAAGCGUGUCAAAGUAGAGACAGCCUCUACUUCCGAUGGUGCAGUCUCAUCACCAAAAACAGAUUCAUCGACAGAUAAAAAAGUGCCUAUCCAGAAACCACUUUCCGCCGCUAAACUAAGCACAGAAACGCCAUCGCCCAAUACAAAAAACUUGACGCAAAGACCUUAUUCGUAUACAGCAAGUUUGAACACUCCUAUGCCAAAUAGGUAUAAGUUGGACAACCGCACCACUACCAUCAAAGUUGUUCCUCCUUUGCCUACCGGCUUAGCUGAUGUUGCUGCCUUAAAGGAACAUUUUUCUUCUUAUGGCGAAGUCUCAAAAGUGGAAUUAGAAGAAAAUGCGUCGAGUGACAGUGGCAAGGAUCAUGAAACGUGUAACGAAAACCGUGCAGCUUGUGUCACAUUUGUGAAACGGAGCGCAGCCGAGAAAGCGUUUGCUAAUGCAAAGUGUUGGCAAGAACACAUGUUGCAGCUCGUGUGGGUAACACGUCAAAGAAACAGAGAGAAUAAUGGUAAUAACAACAAUAACAAUCCCUCUGUUUCUAGUGACCACACUAGCAGCAAAAGCAAGUGCACUCCUUCAGUCUCUAAUGACCCGAAACCAGCAGAUGAAGUCAAAGCCUCGUCUACGGAAGAACCAGACAACAAAAAUGUUCCUGGACGCGACAGUAUUUUGGAACAAGAGACCAAAGAAAGCGACAAGACUUUGGAUGAGCAAGAGAUCGAAGAAAGCGACAAUGGCAACAGUAAAAGUAACAGUGAGUCCAUGGAAGGAGCUGCUGAUGCGGUUGCACCGUCAGGAAAUGAUGAAGAACAGUCUGAACAGAUGAAUGAUUAA